UUUUGCGACCGCAACAUUACCAAGGCACCAAACCAAAACAGUGCAAAGUAAGGGACCAAGAGGAUUUUACACGAGCCUAACCCGUUGAAGGUCCAGAUGUAUUCGUGACAUAUACCAGCAGGGCUCAAACAAGCGACCUUGUUGAUUUUCCAAUUUCAUGUAGAUGGUGAUUCCCUCAAACAUACUGUCAAAAUGAGUUCAGGUGAACAGCAGCGGUUGUACGCUGAUGAGGAGGAUGACCUUGAUAAGGAACUAGAUGCUUUCAUAGAGGAGAAAACUGAACCAGACCCUGUCACUGAAACUAAAGAGGAUAAAAAUGUCAAUGAGCCAUCAAAGAAUAAUAUUGGCUCGGACAGUGAGGGAGAGACGGAUGAGAAGGGGCAGAGGGAAACGUCUGGUGAAAAGUCGACUGAUGAUGAGUGGGACGAACAGGAACUUAGCGAGGACCAGAUACGUGCCAUGGAGGAGCUAGAGAAUCUCCGUAACAUGGAUGACGGACUACCUACUGAGGACCCCCCGGAAUAUGAUGUGACUGCGCGUGUAAAACAGCUCAAUGAAGAGCUUGCCAAUGAUAAUACGCCAACAGACAAAAAACGUGAAUCUCGAGUUUUGUUCAAGGAAGACCUUGUGGAUCUUGUAGCGCCCCCUCCUGACUAUGGGGAGGGGGAAGAUAAUCCACAACAAAAUCAAGACAGUAACACGGUUUCAGAUAAAUCAGAACCUACAAAAAAUGACUCUAAUACUGCCCCUGGUGCAAAAAGGUCCGACGACAAAGUGUUGAUAGAACGAGGAGGAAAUUUUGAACUUGUAAAUGCUGAUGAAGUGACGGCAGAUGACAUGGGGCUUCCCCUGUUUGACAACGACAAAGAGAAUGAGGGCAAUAAUGCUAAUGGUGCUGGUAACACAAACAGUAAUUCAUCGUCAUCAUUUAACAGAAAGCCAGCACCUCCAUCCAAUCCCCGACCUUCCACAGCCUCAGGACCAUCACGCAGAUCAGUGCGACCUGCCCAGAAACCUCGGGCACAAUCUGCAGGAUCCAGGAAUAGUUCAAUUAAUCAUUCUUUUCCUUUAAACGAAAAUUAUAAGUCACCAUAUGCCUUGUCGCCGAAGGAGAAGGAGUUAUUGGAACAGCAAAAUAAACAAAAGGAGGAACAAAGAAAGGAAGAUGAGCGACGAAAGAAAAAGGAAGAAGAAGAAAAGCAAAAUUAUAAUGAGGAUCUAUUCCAGUCUUGGUUGACAAAAGUCAGACAAAGGGAUAAACAGAGAAGAGAAAAGGAAGAGGAAGAGAUGAAAAGAAAUCAAAAGCCUGAUAACAGAAGAUAUAAAGAUAAGCAGAAAAACAUGGGCCAGGAUGACGAUUCUCUUGAUGACGAGUCUGACCAGAACAACCAGAUGUACAAAGAAUGGGUACAAAGCAAGACAGAACAAAAGAAAAGGGAGAAGUUACUGGUGAAGCGACAGGAACAGGAGACCAACGAUGGACUUAUCAUUCGAUCACGAGACGAUUGUGAUAAGGCCUUCAGGGACUGGCUCCGAAGGAAAAAUACUGAUCUAAAGAGAGCAAGAGCAGUGGAAAAACAGAAGGCAAGAAUGAUGCGAAUUAUGGCAAGAAAGGCUCGGAAAACACAGGCAUUGACGAAAGCUGUUCGCCAAUCAAACGCAUUUCGUUAUGUUGACUACUAUGGUUACCGAUUUUAGUAAAUUAAUUAUCUUAUAAUUUGUAGAACAGUUUAUGCAGUAAAACUUAAUUUCUGUCAUGAUGUAUCCAAAUCACUAUGUAUAUAUGUAUGCAAAACCAGUAUGAACUUAACAAGGGUAGAUAACUCAUCAUAAUUGUUGAUAUAGCAACGUGAAUGACAUUUGUUCGGAUUAUGGUAGUAACACUUGUAUGUUGCUCUAUUCUGUUGAUAGUAUUGAAAUAAUUUAAAACACUGUGCCAUUGGAGAUUGUUGGUAUUCACUAUAGUAGAUGACAAAAAUUUUUCGAAAUUUAACAUAAUAUUUUUGUUAGAAUUCAAACAUUUUGGAAAUUUUAGAACUUAUGUUUCUCCAUUUGAAGCCUAAAGUAACUAACUCUUGACCACAACAAACCGAAUGUCAUCAUUAAACCUACCAGUUAACACUGAUCAGAGUCAGUCAUGUUGGCUACAGGAAUAGGUUUAUGUUUAUCUCGUUACAUUGCUAUAUGAUAUAAAAAGAUUUAGUCAGAAGAAGUGGAUGUGAAAUCAUGUGUUUGAUUUUUAAAAUUCAUCACGUUCUGGUUUUUUUUUCCAUUCCCUGAUUUAAUUAUGUUUUUGACGUACUGAAAGACAGGUGUGAGAAAGUAGAACUUCGAGAGGUGUGAAAGGAAAACAUUGUUACUGCCAAGCUUACUUUGUCUGAGCCAUUCUUACUUUGAUACCAGAGGUGAAAGAUACAGAUUAAAAUUCUUAGUUUGCUUUAUAAUUUCUUGCGAUAUUGGCUACAAACUAUACACAGUGUUUGCAUAUGUUUUGUCUCCAUGUUUUUUUCAGUUUUCGUCCUCAGGUCUAUUCCAGCAAAUCCUAUCUACCUAUAAAGGUCUCCAGGUUUUGUGUAGAACUACCACCUAUAUAUACUAAUUAACACAGAUGUAAUUAUAGACAUGCUGAUUGAUGUGAUUAUUUUCAGUGGUCUGUAUCUUGUUAUACUGGAAUAACCUCAUUAAUUUAGUUUACAUUUGGUUUGAAAUUUAUUUUUAACUGGUGAAUGUGUAGUCGUUGUGUAGAACAAAGGCCAAACUGGAUUGUGAUAAAAAAAGUUUAAAGCUUUUAAAAUUACUAGUCAUCAGUCAUUUGCCUAUCAUAUAGACAUUAUGUGUUUUUAAUCUACCUGUAUGUUAUAUCAAGUAUGAUGCUGUCCAUUUGAACUAGGUUGAUCCAAGGGAGAUAACUUUUAAUCUAAAAGAUUUUUUCGAAUCAAUUUUAUUUAGGCUGUUGAUGGUUAAAUGUAAAAAAAACCCAAAAAAAAAAAAAAUAUUCCGCUAGUGCUUUACAAAUCUUCAUUCAGAAUCUGUAAAGUUUAAACUAAACAUGACAUAGUGUUAUUUUCAUCCCUUGAUAUUAGACUGUUUUCCACUGAUGUAAUCAUGAAGGACACCUGUGAAGAGAUUGUAAAUUAUUUUCAUAUUGAAUGGAUUUUUUUAAUCAUUAUUGUUUGUUUUCAUUUGAUAUGUAAACAUGGUAUCUGUAAACAAACACAUUUCACCUAUUCUAUGUUGCACAGAAAAAAAGAUGUAUGGAGAAAUAUUGACAGCUACGCAUUUGAUAUCUUAAUUGACCUCCUGAAAAAUGUUUGAUUUGAUGUUAUACCUAGAAUCUUUGUCCUUUUGUGUUGACUUUCUGUAUGCCUAUUUACAUAUUCAUAUGAUAAAGUGACUGCCAAUAUUCAUAUGAAAUAGAUAUCAUUUCUAUCAUGUUUUUUCUAUAUCAAAUCAAAGAGUUAUCACAUCAAAAACAACUACAAUUAAGGUAGCAGUUAUGUUUAUUGCUGAAUUUGUCACAAGAAAAAUAUGUUGUUUGCUUUCACUUACCAAAAACUGCAUGUUAUAUAUGAUGUUUGUGAAUGAAAGAAUGUGUGAAAGUGUUGUACAUGUAUACAAGAAAGUCUAAAUUUACAUGACAGAUAUAUAAAUGUAUGUACUUAUAUUUAGACCAAUAUUGUUUUCCACAUUGAUUUUAAAUGAGUUGAGCCAUCAAAAUAGAAAUGCAAAAAGGAAAGCACAGGGACUUAAAAACAAAUUAAAUUAAAGACCAUUACAUCUUUGGUCGCUAUGCAAUUUACCAUAUUCAUGAUCACUACCUCACGAGUAAAGUUUAUCUGAUACUUCCCGGUCAAUGAUUGGUUGUAAUCUCGGUACUGUUACCGGGUAGGUAUAUGGGCUGGUAUUCAGUUUCCCUACAUCUCCAUACAAACUUUUAGAAGUUUAUGAAUCACUUCCUCCAAUUUUGGUUAAUUCAAUAAGAUUAAUAGUGAUAUCUGACAUCACUAUAAGGUGUUUUGACAUUGGAUGACCUUAGGAUUGUAACAUUGCAUGUUUGUUCUCCAUGUCUUCCAAGAUGCAGCAAAUUGGAGUACAAAGAUAGAUUGCUAUCAGAAUCCUCAAAUUAGACAAUAAAUUUCGCUAAAGUGUAAAAUUUUAUAUGCAUUAUCAAGGUGCAGGGCACAAUUCAUGUGAGGUUAGGGGAGUUUUAUUUCAUUGAGCUUGAAUAUGGUCAUUGUUCAUGGUUGGAAUUUUAAUAAUAUUCAAUUUCUUUUCUGGUGUACAUUUGUGAAUGAAAAUAAUAACAAAAUGGAUUUUAUGAAAGCAGUAAUUCAUUAACACCCUGGUCAUAGUUCUAUUAUCCAUGUACUGAAGCUGAUCUAGUGCUUGUGGGGAAUCAUAUCAUUUUUCAUGUUUAAUUAAAAAAUGUUCUAAGGAAACUGAAUUGUGCCAAUUGUUUUAAUCUAUUAAAUUGAUAAAAUGUGAAUGUAUUUGUGACUUAAAAUAAGUAACGAAGCCUGACAUUAGAAUUUGUGUGUCUAUAUAUAGGUAAUAUUGUCAUGGUUACUUGUGCUGUUACCAUAGUAACAUUCUGCACUGUUUGUGGGGCUAAUAUGCACAGGUAGUCCUGAAAAUACUCAGAAGUACUUAAUAUGAAUUUGUUGUCUAUGGCUAACGGAGAAACAUUGUUUCCUUCAUUUUAAAAUUUACAAAAAUCUCUCUUAAAUGAGGUUAAAGCACUAGUUUAAAAAAAAUUAUGUGGGGAAAAAUAACCUUUUUUUUUAAAAAUCAAAUUUAAUCUGUAUAUAUAUAGAUAUAUGUUACUCCCAAAAUCAGUACUCUUGCCUUGAUGAAUCUGUGAUAUAUGACGAAUGAUUGAAUGAUAUAGAUGUUGUCUGUCUGGCUGUGUCAUAAUUUCCCUUAUAACAGAAAUUCUAACAUUGAUGUUUUGGUUGGUUUAUUCUUCGUUUCACAAUUUCUGUAAUUGUGUGUUUCAAAAAUUAAAGAGUCUAAAAAUAUUGUUUGUAAACCCUAAUACACACAAGUUAUGUCUGGCCCCUGUGAAGUUUGUCUGGCCCAUGUACAUGUGAAGUUAUGUCUGGGCCCUGUGAAGUUUGUCUGGCCCCUGUGAAGUUAUGUCUGGGCCCUGUGAAGUUUGUCUGGCCCCUGUGAAGUUAUGUCUGGCCCUUGUAAGUUAUGUCUGGGCCCCUGUGAAGUUAUAUCUGGCCCCUGUGAAGUUGAGUCUGGCCCCUGUGACUAAACGUAAAUGGUCAUGAUAUACAUGUUUUGCUUAAGUAACUGUUUUGUUACUAGUAUAAUGAAAUUACCUGUCUUACUUAUAACUCAGUUGUUUUUUUUCUCCAAGUACCAUAGAAAUAAAUCAGGUUUCAUAGAUAAUGCUUUAAAUUUCACUGAAUGUUCACAUUAUAUAUAUAUAUACAUGUUUAUGGAUUUAGAAAUAAGAUUUGUAUAAAAUUUAGAUUUAAUAGAUAUUUCAAAUUAACAUACCAAAUCCUUAUACUUGUACAUGUAUCAUAUUAAUAUUAACUUUAUGUGAUAUACUUGUGUCUGUAGUAUUGAUUUUUUUAUCAGGUAUGUGUGUCCAUUCUCCGUCCAUCCAGUUAGAGCUAGUUAUUGUAUUGUUACAGAUAGUCUAACACUGAUGUUUUUGGUUGGUUUAUUAUUUAGUUUCACAAUUUUUGUAAUUGUGUAUAUAUUUCAAAUUGUAAAUUCUCUGUCAUUAUGCUGAAGUUUUAAAACUUUUAGAAGGAUGAACAUGUAAAUCAGUUUAAGUGGAAGGAAAAGUCUUCUUACAAAAAGCAAUAUCUCUUAAAUAGCGUAUUGCUACUGUAUCACUAAAAGCCAACAUUAUAAUUUUCAUUAUCAAAUCAAUGAAAAUUUUAUUCCUCUCAUAUUAAAAAAGGAUUUUUAAAGAAUUAAUUAAGAUUCUUGGUUAGUAUUUUAAAGAGAACGGAUGCUGUAUUUAUUUCAUCCUCGUCUUCAUGUGUGAGACUUGAACUUUAUAUUGGUUGUUCUCUUGAUGCAAGGAUCAUGAACAUCUCCUUAAGGACAUCAAGGGAAAGGUUGUCUACUUUGGCUGAUUGAAUUUAGAGUUUUAAGAUUCAUGAAAGCAAUUUAGAGGGGAGGGGGAUUUCAUCAUUUUUUUUUUCAUUUUGCAGAAAAAAAAUUUGUGAUAUGAUUAAAAAAAUAAACUGUGGUAUAUAAA